UGCUGGAGAGGGAAUGUUUUCAAAUCCCACAGUAACCAAGAGACACAUCUGUGUGUGAUACUGGAGUAUAUCUUUUUUUAAGGAAACUGGAAAACGUCUCUGACGUCAACAUACUGGUUUAGAGAUCGUGGAAAAACAGUACUUGAUACGAAAAGAAUGGAAGUGCUGAUGCAUACAGAAGAACGACACAGCUGUGAAGCUGCAAGAUGCCCAAUUCCGGGUCUGCCAAAGUGGGUCAGUUAGACAGUUCUGACCGAGACAGGACUAUGGUGGAAAAGGCAUUUAGAAGAAAAAGAAGAACUGCAAUCAAGUUUUUAAUUCUCUUCAUGCGGAGACUUUGAAGAAAAAGAGAAACAUUUCACCUGGUAACAAUACUCUAGAGACGGACAGAAGUGACAUGGGGAAAGAGAUGAAGGAAAAGUCUUCAUUGAAACGUAAACUUCCUUUUACUGUUAGUCCAUCCAGGAAUGUGGAAAGAGAUUCUGACACAGAUUCAGAACCAGGACACACAAGUGAAACCUGGGGAGAAAGAUUAAUCUCACCUUACAGGACUUGCUCAGAGAAAGAAGGCCCAGAAAAAAAGAAGAUGAAGAAGGAAGUUGGAAACAAGAAAUCUGCUCCUUUCAGUAUACUGUUUGGUUACCCACUAUCAGAACGCAAGCAAAUGGCACUGGUGAUGCAAAUGACGGCAAGAGACAACAGUCCAGAUUCUACACCAAGUCAUCCUUCACAGACACCACCAACUCAGAAAAGGACCCCAAGUUCUUCAUCUAGGCAGAAGGAUAAAGUGAACAAAAGAAAUGAACGAGGAGAAACACCUUUACAUAUGGCAGCUAUUCGAGGAGACGUGAAGCAAGUUAAAGAACUAAUCAGUCUAGGUGCCAACGUCAAUGUUAAAGAUUUUGCAGGUUGGACCCCCUUACAUGAAGCUUGUAACAUGGGUUUCUGUGAUGUUGCAAAGGUGUUAAUAGCAGCAGGCGCUGAUGUGAAUACUCAGGGACUGGAUGAUGACACCCCGUUACAUGAUGCUGCCAGCAGCGGACAUAAAGAUAUUGUAAAAUUAUUGCUUCGACAUGGUGCUAAUGCAUUUCAGUCUAACAUUCGAGGAGAGCGUCCAGUGGAUGUGGCAGAUUCGAAAGAAAUGGAAAAGUUGCUGAAAGGAGAUAUUCCUAUUUCAGAUGAGGAGGAAAGCUGUACAGAAUCAGAACCACCAUCUGUUAAUCUUUCCAGUAUAGAUGAAAACAUAGAUGACUCUGAAACAGAAAAGGAAUCUGUUAUUAGUGACGUCAAGGUAACGCCCAGAAAAGUGCAGUUACCUGCUGUUGAUGAAUAUGAAUUCAAAGAUGAUGACAAUGAAGAUGACCGAGAUGAAGAGAAGACAAGUAAAACAUUGAAAAAUAGACAUUUUUUCAGACGGGAGCGAAGAAAAGGAAAAGUCUCUGGGAAGAACAAUUUCUUUGUAAAACAGGAAACCAUUUUAUUUAAAGCAUUUAAGAAUAAAAAGCAGAAACCUUCCAGAGUGCUCUUUUUAAGUUCUGAGAGUUCAGAUGAAGAGACUGUUCUGGAAAGGAAAGUUGUAUUACCAUCAGGUUCUUACAGUUCUGCAUCUGAAGCUUUAAAGAAUGACUUAAGAAUUAAAAAGGACUUCAGUAUUUCUGUAGAAAAUAAACAGAAAGGUAAAGCCAAAAGAAAGUUAAAAAAUCAAAGUAAAAAUAAGGAGAACCAAGAAAUUAUGCAAGAAAAAGAAGGAAAAGAAAAUUCGUUGGUAGUUAAUUUAAUUUCUAGCCCUGUUGUAGAACCAAUUGAUGUGAACAGAGAAGAAGAUACUUUUAAGAAAGCAUUCAGUCCUAAAGAUGAUACUUCUUUACAUUUAUUUCAUCUGUCCACAGCUAAAUCUCCAAAGCAUUCUUUUGGGUUAAGUGAAAAACAUACAGUACCCCUGAAACAGGAAAAUACUAAAGUUUGCCUAUCACCAGGAACUGCUGAUGUCUCUUUGUCAUCUGAAGUUGUAAGAUAUGAUCACAAUCCUGAUUUAGAUUUUAAUUCAGAAAGCUCCAACAUUAAAGCUUCUAAACACAAACCCAAAAAUAAACAUCAGAAAGAUUUUCAUGUAGACUUUUUAGGAGAAAAGCCAUGCCCUAAAAUCAGAGAAGAUGAUUUUGUUGUUUCAUUUGAUAGUACAGAAUGCAUCUUGAGAAAACCUGACAGAGAUGGGAAAGUUGUAAAGAAACAUAAGUUAAAACACAAAGAAAAGGAGCAUGUUAAACGCAAAAAAGAACAUGAUGUUGAGAAGGAGCAACAUAAGCACAAAGAAAAUGAGCAGGAUGUGCAGCAAAGCAUAGAGUUUGACAGGGAAUACUGGAAACAGAAUUUCUUUAAGAGUGAUGAGACAGAAAACUUUUCAUUUGCCACACAUUUGGAUAGCUGUUCCUUUGAAAAAAAUGUGAAAAUAGAAAAAACACCAGUAAAGGAGGAUGUGUCAAAAGAAAAACAUGUCCACAAAGAACGAAGUUUUAAAGAUAACAAAGAAAAGGAAAAAAACAAAAAGGAUAAAAAAGAUAAAUACCCUAGGGAAGACCGAGUCAAGGACGUUAAAGAAGACCGACGAGAAAGUUCUUCUGGUACCAAAGAAUCAGAGGAACAUUUUCAUUUAAAUUCAUCUCUCAGGGAAGAAUUUGCAGAUAUACGUGAAAAAGAUAAAGAAAUUGAUAAAGUGAAAUGUGACACUUCUGAAAAAGUGGUUAAAGAAUGCAAAGAAAAGUCUGAGAAGAAAUCUCCAAUCAAAGAUAAAGAAAAUGAAAGGGCAGACAAAAAGCAUUCUGAAAAGGGGAAAAAAAUAAAGCACGAUAAGUCGGACAGAGAAAGACUGGAAGUGUUAGAAUAUUCAGAAAAGGUAAAAGAGAAAGGAAGUCAUUCUGUUGUAGAAAAGGGGUCUAGGGAACUUGAUAAGGUGAAAAGUGCUUCAGCAGUUAAAAAAUUAGAUGAUAAAGAAAGAACCACAGCUGAAAAAAAGCAUGAAAAAGAGAGGACUGACAGAGAUCGUCACGCAAGUGACAGUAAAGAUAAACAUGACAAAGAAAAGCAUGGUGCAGAAAAAAAAGUCAGAGUGUUAGAAAAAGACACUGAUCAUGGUGGUAAACUGGAAAAGCAAAAAAACAAAGAGAAAGAACACGAUAAAGAAAGAAAGAAAAAGGACAAGUGUAGAGAAAAAGAAGGCACGACUCCAAACUCUAAAGUUUUGUUGGAAGAUAGGAAAUGCAGUACUGCAGAGAAUAGUAAGGCUGUACUACAUGAAAAAUUACCCAAGUCAAAGGAGGACACUUUGAAAUCUCCUGAAGCAAGAGAGAAAGAGAAGAAAGAAAUAGAGAAGUACAAAGAACGUGGCAAACAUAAAGAAAAAAUUGUUAACAGUAAAAUAAAUGCAAAAGGAGAUGAUGAUAAAAUGAAGGUUAAACCACCUCCAGUUGCAACAGAUAAUCGUCCUAAAGAAAAAAGACUUGUAAAUGAUGACCUCAUGAAAACAAGUUUUGAACGAAUGCUAAGCCUUAAAGACCUGGAAAUUGAACAAUGGCAUAAAAAACAUAAAGAGAAGAUUAAGCAAAAAGAAAGACUUCGUCAUCAAUCCGUUUUUGAACAGAAUAAGAAGGAAAGAGAGAAACUUAAGAACUCACCAGUUGAUGCAAGAAGUAAAGAGCUAUUAAGAUCCAAAAGUUCAGAAAUGUCUGAAGCAAAUUCAAAAGAGAAGAUACUUAAAGAUGCAACAAGCUGUAGAUCAUUAUCAUUGGAUGCAAAAUGUUUAUCAAAUAGUGGACAUCCAUUAGUAGGCAUCGAUCACAGUAAGUCACCUAAACCAGAAACUGAUAAAGUAGGGUUAACCUCUAGAUCCAUGUCUGCAAUUUCAGUGGCGAGCUCAGAAGAUUCUUGUCAGACUGCAGUGACAACCCCACGGCUUAUAUCUGAAUAUGAUUCAGAUUUUGUAUUGGAAGGGUUUGACUCUCAGAUGUCAGUUUCACAGCCUCACUUUCUGUCUAAUAUCAAAUCACCUGUGGCUUAUGAGAGAGAAUGUGACAGUUCAUCUGACCUAAUUGAACACAUUAAAUCUCCUUUCCCAAACAGAAUUCUGCCAUCUUAUUUACGAUCUGCUUCAGCUGAGGAUGAUAAAAUAGUUUUGCAUGAAGGUAAACAGAUUGCAGAGUACCGUAGGUGCUCAGGGCCAGCAACUGUAACUGAACAUGGCAAGCUGCCUCAGGUACCAGUGUCUGGUCUUCAGGAGGAUUCUCACCAGUGUUUGUCAACGUUGCCAAGCCAUGCUAGUGCUUCUCCAAAAUCAGAACUGUCAUACUGUGUUGGAACUGAAGGAAGUUUAAAGAGUAGUUUUGGUAGCAGCAAUUUACCGCCUACUCUUGCUUUAUCUUCAUCUGUAUCAGAUGCUAGCACCACGGAAAAUGUUGCACGUGAUGGAAAUUUUGAUGAUAUUACUUCUCACAGUCCUGUUCAAGUUAAUGCUUCUGAUAGUCACUUGGGUGGCGAAGUUGGUGUUACUCAGUUUAACAGGGCAUGUGAGUCUUCUAACAUUUCUGAUAAUGUUAGCAGGAAAUAUUAUAAUUCAUUCAACUCAUCACACUGUGUUCCAGGAGGUGACAAUGUUACAGAACCAGGCAUUUCUGAAGUGGUAACUAAUCAGCUGUCUGCUGAACUUUUGUUUGCUACAGAUGCAAAAGAAACUCCAACUUCUUUGACUUCAAAGCUAGCUUGCUCUUUAUAUAAACAGAUGCUUUCAGUGAGUUAUGUUUCUAAGAAUGGACAUCUUAUUAGUGAUGGUUCUCAGAAUGGUAGCUUAUCAGAAGUACAGCAAGAUACAGCCCAUGUCAAUGUUUCAGGUCUUGAUCACACUGACUCUGGUGAUGUGAAGGAGAAGGACAUGACUCAUUUAGUAACAGAAAAUCAGUGCCAUGUUGAAGGGAACAAAUGUGCAUUUUCAUCCAAUUUUUCUGGUCAGUGUGAUCAUGAUAAUGAAUGGACUGCCAGGUCUCCGGUAUUACUGCAAGAAGGAGGAGCCCCAUGUAGCAAAUCACAUCACUUGAAUAAAGAUACUGAUAAAUUAAAUGUGCAGCAAUUGAGUGUUGCUUUGCCAACUUUAGUUGACUCUAAAGAGAGGGAGUCUGAACCUUCAGGAGCAUUGCAUUCUGUCUCAAACUCUGCUGCUGAUACAAGCAGUAUAACUACAAUGCAAGAAGCUCCAUGGGAAAGCAAGAGUGAUGCAUCAAGUCACCAAGUCCAGGCUGUGAGCAGCAGUGAAAGCAGCAGUUCCCUAGUAGGAGAGAUUUCACAACUUCCUGUAACCACGCUAGAUAAUGCUACCCAACCUCCGUUACAGUCAGAACAGCAUAAAUCUAGUGAGGCAGAAAAGCUGGAUGUUGAGGAAAGUGCUGAUGACAAAUCAGACCCACAGGAAAUACCUCAAAGAAUUACCAGAAACAGAGCAAAUAUGUUGGCCAAUCAGAAUAAGCAGAUUCCUGGUAAUUAUACUCAGAUGCCAGAAAAGGAUAACGACUCUUCUGCAACCAUUAAAGUGAGAAUUAGAUUAUCUGAAGAGGAUGACAUUCAAGUGCAUCAUCCACGGAAAAGAAAGAUACCUAGAAUACCUCAAACUGUUCAGGUAAACCCUUCUUUACAGCAAGCCAAGGAGAAGGCACAGCAGUCUCUAGCAGCUGUUGUGGACUCGUUAAAACUGGAAGAAAUUCAGCCAUACCAUUCAGAAAGAGCAAAUCCAUAUUACGAGUUUUUGCAUAUACGAAAAAAAGUAGAAGAAAAAAGAAAAUUGCUGUGUAGUGUUAUUCCCCAAGCACCUCAGUACUAUGAUGAAUAUGUAACUCUCAAUGGAUCAUAUUUGUUGGAUGGAAACCCAUUAAGCAAGCUGUGCAUUCCAACAAUUACACCUCCUCCAUCAUUGUCAGAGCCACUGAAAGAUUUGUUCAGACAGCAGGAACUUGUGAGGAUGAAACUAAGAUUGCAACACAGCAUUGAACGGGAAAAAUUGAUUGUAUCUAAUGAACAAGAAGUUCUUCGGGUGCAUUAUCGUGCGGCCAGGACACUAGCUAAUCAAGCACUUCCAUUUAGUGCCUGCACUGUGCUGCUCGAUGCAGAAGUCUACAACAUGCCUCAGGACUCGCAGGGUGAUGAUAGUAAAACAUCCGUCAGAGACCGAUUCAAUGCACGUCAGUUUAUGUCCUGGUUACAUGACGUAGACGACAAGUUUGACAAACUAAAGACAUGCCUUCUUAUGAGACAACAACAUGAAGCUGCAGCCUUGAAUGCAGUACAGAGAUUGGAAUGGCAGCUGAAACUCCAGGAACUCGACAUGUCUGCUUACAAAUCUAUCAGUAUAUAUGAGGUUCCAGAGUUUUAUGUACCACUGGUCGAAGUUAAUGAUGACUUUGAACUAACACCAAUAUGAAUGAGACACUGUUCUAUAAGUGAGGUUUUAACAAAGAUGCAAAGAGCAGGUGGCAUUAGCAGAAAGUGCCACCCAGAAAAAACGUAUAUGCAGUUGUUGAAUAGACACAGAUGCUUGUGGUAGACAGCUGCUGCUCUUUGAAAUAACACUGCUGCUGCUGUUUAAGGAUAGCAGGUUUGGUGUCCACGACAGGAACCAUAGGAAAUCAUGUGUCAUUGUUAUAAAGUCAAGAAAGUGAAACAUGGGUGAAGGCCUUUGCUUCCUUUCACUAGGAAUGAUUGCAUGGCAGGUCCAAAAGCAAUCCGAACAGCUGAUGUAUUGUACUAAAAGUUACUGAAUGAAGAGCUGAAUUGUUUACAAGCACUUUUAAACAGAUGUUUUGUUAAUUCCUGUUAGCGCUGGAAGCUACAGAUUUGAAUAAUUUGAAUGUGUUUCAGUUACACUAACAGAAAUAUUUUCAGAUUUAUUAUUAGAGAUUGUAUUACUCUGAAGUGAUACUGUAAUGAAGACUAGCCACAUAGUUUUGAUUUGCUUGUAAGAGUGCUUAAAAAUUUUCAUUGUUUAGUAAAAAUAAUUGUUCAUUGUUGGUCAUACAUUAUAUAAAUAUAUGUAAAUGAUUGUACAUAUUUGUUUUUAAACAGCUGUAAUAUUUGUCUUUUUUUUAAACUAAAUUAUUUUAUACAUAGCAUUGUGCAGUUGUAAAUAGCCUUGUAUAUCUAAUAUUAAUAUUGGUCUAAAACUGUAAAAAGAAAUAAAAUAUUUUAAUUGUAAAAUUGUUAAAUGUUAUAAUGGACCAAAGUUUGAGUUUUUGUUUUGUGUACAGUGUUGUAUUUGGCCUGUUUCAAUGAUGUAUGUGAUUUGAAUUUGCCUGUUUCAUUGCCACAUCUCUGUAUGUUUUUGACUCUGUUGUGGUGCAUGCUUAGCUUGACCCAGUUACCCCCUAUUCAUAACAGUACUCUGGACAGUAGUGGUGAUUAUAACUUCUCCUGGUAGCUCCUCUUUACUGUGCUUUUUAAACUUUGUAUUACAACAGGCACAAAGUAAAAUGUCAUAUUGAAAAAAUGUCAUUGUUUCUCACGCAAUUGUCUCUUUCAAGAACGUGGACUAAAAGCAAAGCCUAUUUUUGUUUUCAUAAAAAAACUUUGAAUGAGAGUUUUAAAAUCAUCUAUUUUAAUAUUUGCUUGUAAAUAUGUAAAGACAUGUACAUGCACUGUUAAAUAAAUUUUAUUGGCCAUUCAUAAAA